UUCAAUAUCCAAGAUCAAUAACACCACACCAGAACUCAUGGAGAGUCUAGUUUGCAACGAUCAUGUUUACGACUUGUGCAGUAUCAACGGAUUUUACUGCGCAGUGACCGAUUUUGACAAGCUCUUCAAAAACUCGGAUCACUCAGCUGAAAAUGCGGAAGCUACGGAGACUCACUUGGUCGAGAAUGCCGAAGUUAACGACAAUAUCAAUAAUUUUAUGCAGGGUCCAGUAUCCAGGAUUAAUAUUACCUCACCAUACGAUCCAUGGACCAAAGAUCUCAUUAAAAAUCCUGUCUGUAACAAGGUGUGCGGUCACGUUUAUGACCUCGACAGUAUAAGCAGUCGUAUUAAUGACAAGAACAAAAUUCGCUGCGCAGUGACCGAUUGUCAUAACUUGCUCUUUAUCAGUUCGGAUCACUUGGUCGAGAAUGCGGGAGUCAAGGAGAAGAUCCAAGAACUGAUCCAGGAUGAUGAAUACCCCUUUUGAGGAAGGGAACACAACCCACCAGGAUGAAAGUGGUGGAAAAAACUUUAAGCACCCUAAAGAAUACCAUAAAAAUCCUGAUUGCA